AUGGUACCAACAAUUGUAAUAUCCUCUGCUGAAGAUGCCCAACAAAUCUUGAAAACACAUGAUCUUGAGUUUUGUACCAGACCUCAACUUGCUGGACCAAAACGUCUUUCGUAUAACUACAAAGAUAUGGCUUUUUUCCCAUAUGGAGAGUAUUGGAGAGAAAUUGGAAAAAUAUGUGUUCUUGAACUUUAUAGUACAAAAAGGGUGCAAUCUUUUAAGGCAGUCAGGGCAGAGGAAGUCGUCGUUUUGAUCGAAUCCAAAUCAUCUGAUUCUUCAAAUAUCACUCUCGUUGAUGUUUUAGAAAAGUUAACAAGUUUUGCGCACAAAACAAUCUCCAGAGUUGCUUUUGGUUGCGCAAGUGGUCAAAGUAAGAACCAAUUUGAUGAUGGAACAGUCACAGCAAUUCUUAAGGAAGUCGUGGUUGUUUUGAGUGGUUUCUCGGCGACCGACUUCUUUCCUAAUGUAGGUUGGAUUGUUGAUAGGAUCAUUGGAAUGCACAGAAAAACUGAAAAAUGUUGGAUUAACUUCAACAUUGAGGCUAAGAUAGUCUCUAACAUGUUUGGUUAG